AUGUCCACACCAGAGAUGAUGGCCAUUGACGACAUGAAGGACAUGAUUCGUCAAGUCGUGACGCCAGAAGAGCUUUCGGGCUCAUGGUACAACAAGACCAUGACUGCUGUGAGCAGCAGCCUACGCUCUCUCGGCGGUAGAACCAGAACCAUCAGCGCCGACGAAUACCUCAACAAACCAUUGCCAAUCGAGGACUACCUCAACAAGCCUCUUCCGCCGCUUCCGCAGCAGCCCUACUUUGAGUACAUGUUUGCAGACGCUGGUCUGGGAGGCAAAGACUCCAGCCCUCCAACACAAGUUGUGUUCAAGUCAGGCCCAAAGCAUCAAGUCUCCAAUGCGCAGCAUGAUAUGAUGAUGCCAGACUAUGAAGUCCCAAUGGCUGCAGAGUAUCCAAACAAGAAACGCAUCCUUGAGCCCAAGUCUCAGAAGUCGAAGGCGACCCUUCAGGAAAAUUCAAUUUUCGACUCAAAAUCUCAGAUGACCAUGACUGCUCCAGCCGUCCAGGCUCCAAGCUCAGUCACCAUUCGCAGAGUCAAGAAACGCGGCGCUCGUGACUCCUUCGUGGCCAAUGCACUGGAAGACAAAGAUUUCAACAUCGAUCUCCGCACCACCAAAAAGAUUCGGGUAAUCACUCAACAAGUAGAUUCAGAUGUCCAGAGUCUUCGCGCCUCGUCAUCGUCAGUCUACAGCAGUGAACCACCAACUCCCCCACCCAAGGAUCUUCCCACCAGCCCGGACACCAUCUACUCCGCUCUCGACCUUGAUCUUGAGCCCAAGAGUCCAACCCUCACCGGCUACGCUGGCCAAUUCGAAAGUUACGAAGCAAAGUACAUGCGUCGUCGUGCCGCCAAAACUUCCAAGGUACUCUCUUUCACCAGCGGCGACGUUCUUCACCCAAACAACCAAUUCACCCACACCAACUUCAUUGCCGACCCAACCUACGCCACCCAGAACUACACCAAGGCCAUCCUCGCCAAACUUCCUGUCCGCAAUGCAGCACUCACCUACGCAGACUUCCAAUCCGACCUUGCUGCAGAGCUUCUCACCCGUUCUGUGUCUGAAGAAAAUCUCCGCCGUGAAGCACACCGCGAAUGUGCCGCUGCUCGACUGGAAGGCUGUGCUGUCGGCCAGUACCGCUAUUACCAAGGCCACAUGAGUCUCGAAGAGUACAAGGCUGCGAAGAUGUGCGUGUGCUGGGAUGGAUGCUACUGCUCCAAGCUCUGCACUAUCUAUGGUGACGUUUUGUGCCCUUGCAACGAAUGGAUCGUCUUGCACAAGGAUUAG